CUCCGGUCACCGUGCAGCCGCACUGCUAAGCACCUUGCGGCGCUCGGAGCCGGCACAGUCCCUGGAUCUGAGUGCUUGGCCUUUCCCUGAGCACUGCUCCCCGGCAGGACCCCGCUGUGCAGGAAUCGUGGAGCCUGGCGCCAUGUGGCUCUUUCUACUCCUCCUCAGCCAAGGCAUUCUUCAUAAUUGCUGUGAAGCAUACAAUGUUGGGCUCCCAGAAGCAAAAUUGUUUUCUGGUCCUUCAAGUGAGCAGUUUGGAUAUGCAGUUCAACAGUUUAUAAAUCAUCAAGGCAAAUGGCUGCUUGUUGGCUCGCCAUGGAGUGGGUAUCCAGCUAACAGAAUGGGAGAUAUCUACACAUGUCCUGUUGACUCACUUGAAACCACAUGUAAAAAACUGAAUUUACAAACUUUAACACGUAUCCCAAAUGUUACUGAGAUAAAGGAACAGAUGAACCUUGGCUUGACACUAAUAAGAAACUCAAAAACUGGAGGAUUUUUGACUUGUGGUCCCUUGUGGGCCCAGCAGUGUGGAAGUCAGUACUAUGCAACGGGAGUCUGUUCUGAAAUCAGUCCAAGUUUCCAGAUCUUAAGAAGCUUUUCACCUGCUCUUCAAAACUGCUCCUCCUUCAUCGAUGUUGUUGUUGUGUGCGAUGAGUCAAACAGCAUUUAUCCCUGGACUGCAGUGAGUGCAUUUUUGACAAAAUUUGUCCAAGGCUUAGAUAUAGGCCCCACGAAAACUCAGGUGGGCUUAAUUCAGUAUGGUAAUGAUCCAAGGGUAGUGUUCAACUUGAAUACCUACGAAACAAAAGAUGAUGUUGUUAAAGCAAUGUCACAGACCUUUCAAAGAGGAGGAGACUUGACUAAUACUUUCAAAGCAAUUGACUAUGCAAGACGUCAUGCUUUUUCCUCUGAAUCUGGUGGACGGCCCACAGCCACAAAAGUCAUGGUUGUUGUGACAGAUGGUGAAUCCCAUGACGGCUCAAGUUUGAAAGAAGUGAUAACUAAAUGCAAUGAGGACAAAAUAACCAGAUUUGGCAUAGCUGUUUUGGGAUACUUAAUCAGAAAUGAACUCGAUACUAAAAAUUUAAUUAAAGAAAUCAAAGGAAUUGCGAGUCUUCCGACAGAAAAGUAUUUUUUUAACGUGUCAUCUGAGGCUGCACUGUUGGAAGAAGCAGGAACACUGGGAGAACGCAUAUUUAGCAUAGAAGGUACCGAUCAAGGUGAUACAUUCCAAAUGGAAAUGUCACAAGUGGGCUUCAGUGCGUAUUACUCACAAAAAAAGGAUGUUCUGAUGUUAGGUGCUGUUGGGGCUUAUGAUUGGAGUGGGACUGUAGUCCAGGAGACCUCAAACCAAGUGACUACAUUCCCUAAUCAAGCAUUUGAAAAAAUUCUACAAGACAGAAACCAUAGCUCGUAUUUAGGUUAUUCUGUUGCUAUUAUCUCAACCCAGAACACAGUCUAUUUUGUUGCUGGUGCACCAAGAUCAAACUACACUGGCAGAGUAGUGAUUUAUGACAUUGACAGCCAUGACAGAGUCACAGUUGUUCAGUCCCAGAGAGGGGAUCAGAUUGGCUCCUACUUUGGCAGUGUGGUGUGUGCAGUGGAUGUUAACAGAGAUUCAGUUACAGAUGUGCUGCUAGUAGCUGCACCAAUGUUCAUGAAUGAGCUAAAGAAAGAAGAGGGAAGAGUUUAUAUGUUUUCCAUCAUAAAGGGAAUUUUGGAUCAACAAAAACUCUUAGAAGGUCCGCAAGGGUUAGAAAAUGCUCGAUUUGGAUCUGCCAUGGCUACCCUUUCAGAUAUUGAUUUGGAUGGGUUUAAUGAUGUGAUAAUAGGAGCACCUUUAGAAAAUCAGAACUCUGGAGCUGUCUACAUUUACAAUGGCAAUCUAAGGACUAUACGUACCAAAUAUUCACAGAAAAUUUUAGGAUCAAAUUCUGCUUUCAGACAACUACUCCAGUACUUUGGAAGAUCAGUAGAUGGCCAUAAAGACUUAAAUGGUGACGGCAUUACUGAUGUAUCUGUUGGUGCUGAUGGAAAUGUGGUUCAACUCUGGUCACAAAGCAUUGCAAAUGUGUCCAUAAGAGCAUCAUUUGUACCUGAGAAAAUCAGUCUGCUGAAUAAGAACACUGAGAUAGCCGUCAAAAUGUGUUUCAGUGCCAAGUUUAGACCUGCUAAUAGAAAUAACCAAGUGGAUCUUAGAUACAAUGCAACACUGGAUGCUGAUCUCCACUCAUCUAGAGUGACUUCUAGAGGAUUAUUCAAAGAAAACAAUGAGAGAUAUAUACAGAAAAAUAUUGUUGUAAGUUCUGCAGAGACCUGUGUUGAGCACAUCUUUAAUGUACAGGAGCCUUCUGAUGCUGUAAACUCCCUUAGUCUGCGCAUUGAUAUUAGCCUCAAGAAUCCUGGCUCCAGUCCUGUCCUUGAUAUAUAUUCACCUGCCACUGUGGCCUACAGUAUCCCUUUUGUUAUGGAUUGUGGUGAGGAUGAACUCUGCAUUUCUGAUCUUGUUCUUGAGGUUCAACAGAAAACCGAUGAUGGCAAACGGCCCUUCAUUGUCAGCAGCAAGAACAGAAGGCUGACAUUCAGUGUGAAGCUGAGAAAUAAAAAGGAAAAUGCCUACAACACCAGAAUCCAGGCUACAUUUUCAGAAAACUUGUUUUUCGCUUCAUCUUCUUUACCAGCUGAUGGGACUGAAGUCUCAUGUCAGAUGGGCACUGGCCAUAAAUCAGUUAUUUGCCAAGUCAGCUAUCCUGUUUUUAAAGUGGGACAACAGGUAUAUUUUGAUAUUAAUUUUGACUUUAAUCUCAAAAAUCUUCAGGAUAUGGCAAAUAUAAGUUUUCAUGCUUUGAGUGAAAGUAAUGAAGAGCAAGAAGCAGACAACCAGGUCUACCUCUCAAUUCCUCUGCGGUAUGAUGCAGAAAUUCACUUAACAAGGUUUACCAACAUAAAUUUCUAUGAAGUAUAUUCUGAUCGUAAUAUUCCUUCCACUGUGAAUAAUUUUGAAGAGAUUGGUCCUGCAUUCAAUUUUUCAGUGAAGGUUACCACGGGAAGCAUUCCAGUAAAGGUGGCUUCUGUAAAAAUCCAUUUUCCACAGUUAACUAAAGGAAACAAUCCUCUGAUGUAUCUAACUGCACUGGAUACAGAUCAGGCUGGAGGUGUCACUUGUGAUGCAAAGAUUAAUCCUUUGCAAAUAGGAAAAACAUCUUAUUCUGCAUCUUUCAAGAAAGAAAACUUCAGAGCUGCAAAAGAACUAAACUGUAAGAACACACACUGUAAUACAAUUACAUGCAAGCUGAAAGACCUCACAGUGAAAGGAGAGUAUUUUGUAAAUGUGUCUACCAGAAUCUGGAAUGGGACCUUUGCAGCUUCAACUUUCCAGAUGUUACAGCUGACAGCAGUUGCAGAAAUUGAUACGCAUAACCCAGAAUUAUUUAUAAUUGGAGAGAAUACCCUACCUAUCCCAGUGACAAUAAUGAAGCCUGAGGAGAAAGCGGAGGUACCAAUCGGAGUUGUGAUAGGAAGUAUACUGGCAGGACUGCUGUUGCUGUUAGCGUUGGUUGCUGUUUUAUGGAAGCUUGGCUUCUUCAAGAGAAAAUAUGAAAAAAUGACAAAAGAUGUAGAAGAUAUUGAUGAAAUUACAGAACUCACAAAAGACAAAGAUUGAAGACAACAAUGAUGGGAAUACAGAACUAAUCCUCUGAGCCACAAACAAUGGCUGUGGUCCAAUCAGAUCUUCAGCUGGAGUGCCUUAAAGUUCAAUAACUGUUAAACUUGUUUCUUAAGGAAUGAAAAUGCUUUUUUUAUGGAUGAAAAUAUUUUACAGAUUCUUCUGUGUUGUAAGAGUAACUGCAGGUCAGUUUUUUUCACAUAUAUUUUAUAGUAUAUUUUCUUGUAUAUUUUUUUCCUUGCAAACAAAUUAACCCUUUUGAAUCGGGCAGGUCUGGAGCAUACACCUUGUGGCAGAAAUCCCACUUCCAUUCCACAAAGAGCAAAAUAGAGCAACUUUUUUCAGAUUUUGGAACAAUAUCAGUCCAAGUUAAUAAGCUCUUGGUAAAAAUGAUUUUUUUCUACUAACUAAAUGAUCUAGAUAAUGACAUUGCAUGAUGAGUAUUGAUUCAGGACAUGGAAAAGCAAACUGAGUUUUACAGUUACUUAGCUACAUUUUGAUUGUCUUGGAGAACUGACUCACAUUUCCCAUGAAAUCUGAGUCUUAACUAAUCUAUAACCUUACAGGUUGUAUAUAUUAUAAAAUGGGCAAUGCGUCCUGAUUUGGGAAUGAAGACUCCAGACUACACCCUAAUAUAGGAUGGCUGGAUGGGUACACCAUACCAAGUACAUCAUCAUAUUCCUUUCACUAAGAU